AUGAGCCGGCUAGGACUGACCCGAUACGAGGUGAAAGCCUGCAAGGCCUGUCAAUCGUCCAAGAGGAAGUGCACCAAGCAGCAGCCCAAAUGCCGCCGUUGCGACCUUCGAGGCUUGGACUGUCUCUAUGAGCCUUUACCUAAUACCUUUGUCUAUCAAGCUACACAGAACUGCGGGGGACGAGCCUCCCCGUUGGCAGCCUUUCCAGAGGCACGAUUGUUGCAGUCAGGCCAAGGUGACAGUUGGUCUGAGCUGGUAGACAUAGAAGUGGAGAGUCAUCAAAACACUCCGGGUACUAUCUCAUUAGAAGAUUUGAAGGUGGCUUGGUUCCUUGAUCCAGAUUCCUGGAGGACAGUUCCGAUUCAAGAGUCGAAUAGGGCGCAUCUCACGACGGACAUGAUUCGGGGGCUUUUAUACCAAACAAGAGACUGGCUGAGCGAUUGGACAAGAAGCGGAAGUAAUGUGUUUGUGCAUCAUGAACUCUACAGAAACAGUCUCCCCGACUGCAUUAGUGAUGCUUUCACAACAUUGUCAUCAUAUUUGUCAAGGACACCGGAGACCAAUGAGAUGGUGCUCCGGAUCGCAGAGCAGAACGCCGAGAGGUUAUUAGUGUCUGAGGACGGCAGAAGAACAGCUGGAGACACUCUGAAUAGCCUGAGUCGUGUACAAGCACUCCUGGUUUAUUGCACGAUCCGAUUGCUGGAUGGUGAUCUGCGCCAACGUCACAAAGCGGAGCAGCAUCUUCAAACCCUACAGGAUUGGACGAAAGAAAUGAUGAAUGAUGCCCUCAAGGCGACUAAUAACGGAGAUAUGAUUAUGAAGAACCAUCUCACGAAUGUAAGCCCUCAAUAUUUCACAUUACCGCUGCUCCUGGGCCAGUUCUCUCCUGAGCAACUACUCUGGCAUUCGUGGGUACUGUCAGAGUCUAUUCGAAGGACAUGGUGUGUAUCCAUGGGCCUUCAAUCAGGCUAUGAGCUGCUGAAAACUGAAUCUGGUCCCUGUUACGGGACCUUGCCCAUCACCACGAGAAAGGGGCUUUGGGAAGCGAGGUCGGCGUUCACUUGGACAAAGAUGUGCGCGGAGAGCAACAUAGGCUUUAUGUGCAGGAAUGAUCAUGAGAAGGCCAUGAUGGAUAUGGAACCCGGAGAUAUUGACGACUUUGCGUUAUGUAUGAUGGAAUUAGAUAUUGGUCCUGACAGGAUAGCGAGGUGGAGAUCUGAACGAGCCGUAUGA